AUGUCUCAUCGCUUUCUUUACUUUUGUCGGAUCUUUUUUUUUUUUUUUUUUUUUUCUCACACAACUCUGUUUGUCUGUCUCUCUCGCUCUCGCUUUCUUUUUCCUCUUUGUUCGAUUUCUUUCUGUCUGUCUGUCCUUCUCAUCCUUUCUUCUUUUUCCUAUCCGUUUUUCUUUCUUUCUUUCUUUCUUUCUUUCUUUCUUUCUUUCUUUCUUUCUUGUUGUUGUUGUUGUCUAUUCCGCUCCCCGCUGCAGAUUGUCAUUGAUCUUCUUUGUCUCUCCCAUUGUGACAUUGUAAUAUUCCCUCUCGCUAUUUUAACUCACUCUAAUGCUCUCAACCAGCGGGAACUUAUUCUAUUUUAUGCCAUUGAAGAUCUUCCGAAUAUUCAAAACAUUAAUAAGGAAAAUUCAAACUCGAGAAACAAAGACUUACUUUUAUUCUUCUCUUCCUUUUCUUCUUCUCUUUCACAUAUUUCUCUUUUUUCUCCUUUUUUUUUAUUCCGUUCUUUCGAAUCUCUUAUUAUCCUUCAUUUUCCCCACUCUCACGCUCUCUCCCCCGCUAUCUCAUUGCUUCUUGUUAGCCCUUUCUUUCCUUCCUCUCUGAUUUUUCUUUCCUCAGUUCUUUCAGCACCCGCCUGUCAACCUCGUUUCUUUGUUGCGUUUGGGGUGUUGUCAAAAUAUUUUCGAUCAAUUUCACGCCACAAGACGACUGGGAUUCCCGGCUGA